GCAUGCGUAGAGAGACUCGGAGGCAGGCUGGGGCCCUUGGAAGGUUCUUAAACUUUGAUUGCUUUAGCUUUAAGUUUUCCCGCUGGUUUAGGGAAAGCGACCCGCAGCCUCAAGGAGAGGAGACAAGCUUCUGGCUCCGGACGCACGGAUAGGCCCGGGGAACCCGUAGUCUAAAACAGGAAACUGCCCGAACCCGGACGAGCCUCCUCCGAGCGAUAGUCAGGAAACGCUUCCCGCGGUGGGAAACAAGGGUCCUGCCUUCCGAGAGCCCCUCUAAAGAUGACUCAAGACCAGCCUUUGCUCGCGGUGCAGGAGGCCCUGAGGAAGUGCUUUCCCGUGGUGGAGGAGCAGCAGGGCCUGUGGCAGAGCGCUCUCAGGGACUGCCCGCCCCUCCUGGCCUCCCUCAGCAACCUGGCAGAGCAGCUGCAGGCCGCACAGAACCUGCGAUUUGAGGAUGUGCCGUCACUUCGGGCCUUCCCCGACUUACAGGAGCGGCUGAGGCGCAAGCAGCUGGCGGCUGGUGACACCCUCCUGGACAGGCUAGGGGAGAGGCUAGCCGCCCUCCUCAAGGUGCGCGAUGUAGUCAGCAGCCACGUGGAACACGUGCUUCAGAUCUAUGAGCAGCAUGCAGACAUGAUCAGCCUCGAUGCUGUCCUGCAGGCUUCAGCUGCAAGCCCCUCUGUGGCUGAAAUGUUGGAGUGGUUACAGGAUAUCGAGAGACAUUAUCGAAGUUUGUACCUGAAGAGGAAGUACCUUCUGUCCUCAAUCCAGUGGGGAGACUUGGGAAACAUCCAAGCUUUGCCCAAAGCCUGGGACCGAAUUUCGGAAGACGAACACCCAGACCUUGUACGAGAUAUCCUGUUGAAUGUUUCCUUCUUCCUGGAAGAGUGAAGAAGCCGUGUGUUUAUCGGGAGACUAGGGGGACGCAGUUGAAGACCGACCUUACUGCGCUCUGAUAUUUCUAAAGAAAUGUCAGCAUUGCAACUGGACUUAUUGGAAAUGUCAGUGCCUAGAGCCUGAGGAUUGUACUGGAUGUUGGGUCUUCUUCAUGCCAGGUCCUGGGUGAGGGCACAUGGUCACACCUUGCCCUUUCCUAAGGCUCAGGGGAGUGGACAGAGACAGAGAGGAUGCAGGAAAGGCCGUGCAGAAGAACACUGGGUGCAGAAGCAACAGCCACAGAAGUGGUAAGGAAGGAAAGGACAGGGGUAGAGAGUGCCGCUGCCCCCAGCAUCAUCCGAAGCUCUGAGCCUCGUUGACACCAGGUCCUGGUUUCGUGUAUUUGUGUCAGUAUCCAACUCCUUGAUGAAAAAAAGUGGCUUUGAUGAUUUAAAGAAGGAAGGGGUGGGACUUCACUGGUGGUCCAGUGCUUAAGAAUCCUCCUUCCAAUGCAGGGAAUACAGGUUUGAACCCUGGUCAGGGAACUAAGAUCCCACAUGCCGAGGGGCAGCUAAGCAUGCGUGCCACAAC